GUAAAUAUUUUGGUUUCGCAUCGGCAAGUUUCAUUAGUCAUCAAAGCAAACAAGUUGAAGUCGGUGCAAUUUUUGCCACAUCAAAGUUUUUCCCAAAAUGAAAUUUUAAGAACUGUAAAAUUUUACAAAAAAAAAAGAAAUAAUUACAAACAUGACUACGACAGUAACCAGCCAGCAGGUCCUAAACCAGCUGAUUACGAGUCUGCCCUGCGCGCUCUGCCGGAACCAUCCGCCGGUCAACGUGCACAUCUGCCCGCACUGCUCGGAACUGUUCUGCUUCCGGUGCAUCCAGGACUGGAUCCGUCAAAGCCGGAACCGGUGCGCCAAGUGCAACGGGACGCUGCCCGCGAGCAUGCUGAUCAAGCUGCGCUGUCUCGACAUCGGAACGGACAGGGUGGACGAGCUGGGCGCGGAUUUGGCCAACUUGAACAUUGGUGCGGGGAGUUCCGGGUUGAUUGUGGGACCGCCGGUUGCGGCGCCGGUCGAUUGUCAUCAGACUGAAACGCGACACGUUGAGGUGGGUAGAGCGGAACCGGUUUUGGGGGUGCCGAGAGCGGUUGAGGGAACCUUUACGCUGCGGAACGUUCACGGGUGUCGGUUGGCGUGGGUCUGCUCGGAACACGUCGUGGACGAGUUGGGCUUCAAGUGGCGGCUGAGGAUCAAGGUCGGGAAGGGUCGGGAGCAACAGUUGGGCGCGUUUGUGGAGUUGCUGUACGGCGAGGAAGGGUUCUACGAGGUUCUGCUGGAGUUGCAGAACGUCGUUCCGUUGGCGUUACUGGUGCGGGACCGGAUUGGCCACGAUGCAUACGUGGGCGUGCCGAACUUUUUGGACAAGCGAACGCUGCCGCCGGGAAGAUUCGAUCUGCGCUUCCGGUACACAAUCCGUCCAGCGGAUUUCAAAGCUAAAGUUCAGAUUCAACAGCGAUUGCUUAACAAACGAACAAGUCGAACGCAACGGCUUAAGGGCAACGGCGACUGCUUCAAUUAUCACAUUGAUAACUAUUCUGUCACGGAUUUGGAGAACCCCGACUAUCAGCAGUACACGGACCAGUUUGGUUCCGUUUGGAAGAUUGGCAUCCACGGCAAUCACGAAUUUGCAGACUUUGAACUGGUGCUCGUUAGCGGCAUUCCCGGAAUCUUUCAGCUUGAAGCCGACCUCGGCCACCCGGACGGUGGCUGCGAGAAGCACACCGCCUUCGAGCGGAACGUCCAGCUCAAUCAGCGCAACUUUUUCAACUUUCACAUCCGCUGGAACCAGCUGGCGGAGUACGGGUACGCCCACGGGCACGAGGACGUGGUCAAGGUGCGGUUUGUCGUGAGUCCGCUGCAGGUCGACCUGAAGCAGGUGGUGAAAGCUACCAGGGCCAAUAACGACGGCGAAAGUGACGACUUCAGUGAUGAGGACACACCAAACGAGUACUAUUACUAUUCGUCGUCUUCGUUCGAUUGAAGAGGGGGACAUUUUUCGGUUUGUUCUGUGCCAAAAAUGAAAUGUGAUGAUUUUUUUUUUCGAAUGUUUUUAUACGUAACUGACUAAUUUAAGCAUA